UGGGCAGAGCCGGUGAGGAAGACGGCGGGAAGAGUCUGCAUGGCGCUGCCAGGUGGAAAUAAGGAUAACAUCAGAGCAGGAUGCAAGAAGUGUGGCUACCCUGGUCAUCUGACAUUUGAGUGUCGAAACUUCCUCAGAGUAGAUCCUCAAAGAGAUAUUGUUUUGGAUGUUAGCAGCACUAGCAGUGAAGACAGUGAGGAGGAAGAACUACAGAGAUUGCAAGCCAUGCGUGAAAAAAAGAAUUUAAACGAGGAGGAAGAAAAAAAGAAACGAAAAAGAAAAAGCAAAGAAAAAACAAAGAGAUCAAGGAAACGAUCUUCCUCAUCAAGUGAAACUGAAGAGGAUGGGCCAAAGUCAAAAAAGCAGAAGUCACACAAAAAGGAAAGGGAAAAGGAAAAAAAGAACAAAACUAAGAAAGGAAAGCAUCGUAAAAAGGAAAAAAAGAAGAGACAAAAGGAAAAAAGCUCAUCUUCUGAUAGUUCAGAUAGUUCUAGUAGUAACUGAGGUGCUGGCCUAUUUUUAUGUGCACUUCUGCAGGGAAGAUGAUUUUCCUUUCCAAUCAAAUUUAUUUAUGCUUUGAAAAUGCCAUUUUGAAAGGAGAUGUAUAUGUAUUUUUAAGAAAUCUAUUUGCAAAUAUCAGCGCUUAAAAUUUACUAAAUGGACCAUUUGGGAGAAAAAUAAAUUCUUAGUUCCAUUGUAAUUAGUUGGUUGGAAUCCUUUACCGUAGGA